AUGGCUCCCUCAAAGUCACAAUUGCCCGACUCAGAGACCUCCUCUGUCGCGGAUACUCCAAUGACCGACGGUCCUGAGUAUGUACGCCCCCACAGACCUUCUUUCGGGCACCUCAAUCGCCCAGUAGACGAUACCCCCGAUUACACCGACUCCGACACAAAUCCCAACACGACCGCCUCAAGCGUCGCUGGGGAUAGCCCUCAGCUGGACGGCCGCAAGAAGCGCUCAGAAGCAUUUCAACUACGGAAAAGCAUCCUGGGAAAGAAGCAUGGUCAAUUGGACGAGUCAAAAGAGGAUGAUACCUUGCGGAGAUUCAGGUACUUGCUAGGUCUGACCGAUCUCUUCCGCCACUUCAUCGAUGCGAGCCCAAACCCCAAGAUCAGAGAAGUUCUGCAACAGAUCGAUCAAGAAAAUGCUGAAGAGGAGGCCAAGGCCAGAAAGGUCGUGUCCCGCAAAGGGGGUGCCGCAGGUGCAAACAAGCGAAAGACCGAACAGGAAGAGGAUGCUGAACUCCUGAGGGAUGAAAAGCGUGGCACAGCUUCCCAGACUGUCUUUCGAGAGUCGCCGGCCUUCAUCAAGGGUGGCGAGAUGCGCGACUAUCAGGUCGCCGGCCUCAAUUGGCUCAUUUCUCUCCACGAGAACGGUAUUAGUGGUAUCCUCGCUGACGAGAUGGGCCUUGGUAAAACACUGCAGACAAUUUCCUUCCUCGGAUACUUGCGACACAUCUGUGGCAUAAAAGGUCCGCAUCUCAUCACGGUUCCCAAGUCCACCUUGGAUAAUUGGCACCGAGAGUUCAAGAAAUGGACUCCUGAUGUCGAUGUGCUCGUCUUACAGGGUGCAAAGGAUGACCGUCAUGCCUUGAUCAAUGAACGACUAAUUGACGAAAAAUUCGACGUUUGUAUUACGAGCUACGAAAUGAUUCUCCGGGAAAAGUCUCACCUGAAAAAAUUUGCGUGGGAAUACAUUAUUGUUGAUGAAGCCCAUCGAAUCAAGAACGAAGAGUCCUCACUUGCACAGAUUAUCAGAAUGUUCAGCUCGCGAAACAGACUCCUCAUCACCGGCACUCCGCUUCAGAACAAUCUUCACGAACUUUGGGCCCUGCUCAAUUUCUUGCUUCCUGACGUAUUUGGAGACUCCGAAGCAUUCGAUUCCUGGUUCUCUAGCCAGAAUGCAGACCAAGACACAGUGGUUCAACAGCUCCAUCGCGUUUUGAGACCGUUCUUGCUUCGGAGAGUGAAGAGUGACGUUGAGAAGAGCCUGCUGCCGAAGAAGGAGGUGAAUCUCUACGUCGGCAUGUCAGAGAUGCAGGUUAAAUGGUACAAAAAAAUCCUGGAGAAGGACAUCGACGCUGUCAAUGGUGCAGGAGGCAAGCGUGAGUCAAAGACGAGACUUUUGAACAUUGUCAUGCAGCUCCGAAAAUGCUGCAACCAUCCAUAUCUGUUCGAAGGUGCUGAACCAGGUCCUCCCUACACCACCGAUGAGCAUCUCGUCUUCAAUUCUGGCAAGAUGCUCAUUCUUGACAAAAUCCUCAAGCGAAUGAAGGAAGAGGGAAGCCGAGUCCUGAUAUUCUCUCAGAUGAGCAGAGUGCUAGACAUCCUCGAAGACUACUGCGUUUUCCGAGGUCAUCAGUACUGUCGAAUUGACGGCGGAACUGCACAUGAGGAUCGAAUUGCCGCCAUUGAUGAGUACAACAAACCGGGAUCGGAGAAGUUCGUCUUCCUUCUGACUACCCGAGCCGGUGGUUUGGGCAUCAAUUUGACCUCGGCCAACAUUGUGAUUCUCUAUGACAGCGAUUGGAAUCCUCAAGCAGAUCUGCAAGCAAUGGAUCGAGCACACCGAAUCGGCCAGACUAAGCAAGUCGUGGUAUUCCGAUUUGUGACAGAGAAUGCCAUUGAAGAAAAGGUUCUUGAGAGAGCUGCCCAAAAGUUGCGUCUAGACCAGCUUGUCAUCCAACAAGGGCGCGCACAACAGCAAGCCAAGCAGGCGGCGUCGAAGGAUGAGUUGUUGACCAUGAUCCAACAUGGCGCAGAGAAAGUAUUUGAAACGAAGGGCUCAACAGGAGAACUUGACGACAUUGAUGAGAUUCUGCGACGUGGCGAAGCCCGAACUGCAGAACUCAGUGCUAAAUAUGAGAAACUUGGGAUUGACGAUCUCCAAAAAUUCUCCUCCGAGAACGCCUACGAAUGGAACGGUGAGGAUUUCACGAACCGACGAAAAGAUAUCAGCCUUCACUGGAUCAAUCCAAGCAAACGUGAACGAAAGGAACAGUCCUACUCAAUGGAUAAGUACUACAAGCAGGCCUUGUCGACAGGUGGACGACCUGCAGAUACCAAGCCCAAGAUUCCACGGGCGCCGAAACAGGUCGCUGUGCACGACUGGCAAUUCUUCCCUCCGGGUCUGCAAGAAUUGCAGGAAAAGGAGACAGCCUACUACCACAAAGAAAUUGGCUUUAAGGUACCCCUGACGGAAGGUACCGAAGAAGAUCUCAGCGACCGGGAAGCCGAUCAGCGGCUAGCUCAGAACGAAAUUGACAAUGCAGAGCCGCUGACCGAGGAAGAGAAACAACGCAAAGCAGAGAUGCAGGAACACGGCUUCGGGAACUGGAAUCGGCGUGAUUUCCAACAGUUCAUUAACGGUUCUGCUAAAUUUGGCAGAACAAACUAUGAAGGAAUUGCGACCGAAGUCGACAGCAAGGAGCCGGAUGAAAUCGAAAAGUAUGCAAAGGUCUUCUGGAAGAGAUACACAGAAAUCGCCGAGUUUGAUAAAUAUAUCAAGAACAUCGAGGCAGGAGAGGAAAAGCUGCGUAAGACCGAACGGCAGCGGAAGAUGCUCCGCAAGAAGAUGGAGAUGUAUCGAGUGCCGCUGCAACAAUUGAAGAUCAACUAUACCGUAUCCACGACCAACAAGAAGGUCUACACCGAGGAGGAAGACCGCUUCCUCCUGGUCAUGCUUGACAAGUACGGUGUUGACGGCGAAGGCCUGUACGAGAGAAUCCGGGAUGAGAUCCGGGAGUCGCCGCUGUUCCGAUUCGAUUGGUUCUUCCUUAGCCGAACGCCUGUCGAAAUUGGUCGACGAUGCACCACCUUGCUCAACACCGUGUCUAGAGAGUUUGGGGAGACCGAAGAGAAGCUCACGAAUGGCCACGGUCCCGGAAAAGGAAGAGGCCGUGACCGCGAUGAUGACGAGGACGAGGAGAACGACAGCGAAGCUGCGCCUGUAAAGAAGAAGGCAAAGAACGGUAUUGUGGUAUGUACACGCUGA